AUGAGUAAACAGUACAUAUCUACCGCUUCUACUGCUUCUGCUCAUGAGCUGGAUAUCCAUGGACUCGUGAUAACUAACAAGUACACCAUUACUUGCUCCACCGACGGGUAUGUCAAUUUCUGGGAUAAUAAGAACGAUGAAACUCAUAAUCCAAGAGACUCUGUCACUAAAGUGUUCGUAAAUAAAAUCGGUUUACAUCAUUUAGCAAGCUAUGAGACGAUUUUACCAGAUUCCAAAUUUAAAAUUGUGAUCUUGGCUAUUGUAGCCUUUGAUGGUAAGUGUUAUUUGAAAUACUUUAUAAACGAUGAUGUUCUGACUUUAACUGAUGUUAACUUAGACGGCGAAAAGAGAUUAAGCACUUCAAGUUGGUGUCCAGGAUUCUACUUGGAUCCAAUGUCCAAAAUGGAUUUCUUUGUUUUAACUCAAUCCAGCGGUGAAACUUUGGUUUAUGAUUUGAAUAUCAUUGCUAAAGAAGGCGAUUCAACAUCCAUCCAAAUAUCAUUAGCCAAUCUCAAGGUUAUUGAGUCUACUUCGUUCCCCAAUACUAUUGGGAUUUCUUCUACUGAAUCUAAGACUUUUGCAAUUGGGUACUACAAUGGGGAUGUUAUAUUAUACGAUUUAAUUUCAUUGAAGCCUAUAUACACAUUCAAAUCAACUGAUGUUCAAUCAGGCACCAGCCAAAAUGCAAGAUCUUCCUCAAAUAAUGGAGGUGUUACUAGUUCUCCAGUCCCAAGAAGUAUCCAAUUCUCUCCUGGUGGAUCCGUUUUGGCUGUCGCUCGUGACAAUCAAUCUGCAGGCUCUAUCACUAUCUAUGAUGCCAAGUACGGUGAAAAUGUCGGUUCCUUGACAACUCCAUCCCAUUCCACUAAAAAUAAUGGAGGGUUCGCUCAUGAGCAAUGGGUGAUGAUGCUCAGUUUCAAUGAAGAUGGAAACUUACUUGCAAGUGCAGGAUUAGAUAAGUGCAUUCGGGUUUGGGACAUAGAAACUCGUGAGAGGGUGUCCAAGAUCUCUAUAUCCCAGAGCGAUUUGGACAAUGAGGAUGAUGUCAGAGAGAUGGAUAACAGUAUCGCUAGUGGGGUUCAGUUUAUAAAGAAGGGAGUUAGAGGUGGUAUGGGUGGUGAUACGAACGACGGGUUAUGUGUCAUUAGUUUCGACCGUGGAAUUAGAUGGUACAGAGAAGCUGGUGGAAUUUAG